AUGGGGUGAGUGUAUGGUAGCACAUAUUAUGAUCAAUAUUAUGCCACAUAUCAUGAUCAAUGCUGAGCUUAUAUAACAAUGAUUAACAGGAAGCCAAGAUGGAGGUGCUGUAUAUCAUGGUAGAGUUAAAUACAGCAGAGUGGAUUUCAAUGCUUUAAUGUAUUUUUAGACCUCAUAAAUGCAUACAUAUUAGUUGCUAAAUAUUUGUGUAACUGCGGACUGCAUCCCUAACUCUGUUAUGCUUUCCUGUACAGGUUGGUUGUUGGAGCACCCUUUGAAAUGAAUGGGGCUCAGAAGACAGGAGACAUUUACAAGUGCCCGGUUGGCAAUGAGACCUCCAGUGACUGCACUAAACUUGGGAUAGGUAGGUGACAGAGCUCUAGAAGAUGCUAAUGAGGGGAAGGCUGGCAUCUUUUGGCCAGAGGGACAAGACCAACCAAUGGAAGUUUUCUUGUCUUUGUGAAUGGUCCAUGGCACAGAUGAUAAAUGUAUUUGACAGAAGAAGUGUGUGACAUCAUAUAUUCUUGCAACCUCCAUCAGUAUGAUAUGCAUAGUGUGUAUGUUUCUCAUAAUUUCAUUGUCACCAGUGUCUCCAUCCAUCCUGCAGCCACUUGCAAACCCUUUACAUAAUACAUGCCAGUACUCUUCAUAGUGAGAUACUGCUCUCUUCUGGAAAAUAUACCAAUUGUUCCUUCUAGCCCUCAUCAGUGGAAGGUGUUGAUCUGGAGUUUAGCUCUUACUAGACUUGUCCAUGUCCUGCUCAAGACUAGGUCUAUCAAUAUAGAGGAGAAAAAUUACCUCGGAGGAUUAGAAUGGAUAGAAGGCAUAGAGCCGUUCCUCUCCAAAUCCUCCCAGAGGUGUACCCACAAUAGUAAUAUUAACUCGUGAGGCCCAGGAAUAGUAGUAUAAUAAAAGUAAAAAACGAUCUUUAUUGAAUUAUAUUUGUUAGAGUCUAUGGACUCAUUUACACAAAACCAAAAAGAAGGAAAAGGAAAAAACGUGCAAGUGAUUUAAAAAGGACAGACUCUUGUAGACUGUAUAAAUAUUUAAGCGUACAUGAAUAGUUCUAAAAUAAAUUGUAUGAGCUAAAUUAUAUAAGUAGAAUACUAUUCCCGUAACAUCCACUUAGGAACCACAGGCGAAUAUAUGAUUAUAAGUAUAAUCAAAAGAGGUUAGGACGUGCAGAUAUUGUAUAUUCAUAUAUAUUGUUCCUAAUGUAUUACAUAUGAUAACAUAUAGAUAUAGAAGUAAACAUAUAAAAUUACUCAGUGACCGCUAAUAACUGUGGAGUAUAGGUUAGGGAUUGAUGUCUAAGGUAACCGCAACUUGAUUGGCAGGGGGAAGAAAAGAAAUAGCCACCUAAUAUAUUAUGCUCUGUUUGUAAACUUAGUAUCGAAACAUAAGCAGAAGAAAAUAGAAAAAAUAAAUGAAAAAAUAUAUAAAUAAAAAAUAAUAGAUGAAUGAGCAGCUUGCUUAUACCCGUAUAGGGGUAAUAGGUCUGUUUGAUAUCGUUCCCUCGCAUCAAAAGUAUGCAGUGCCCCUAGUGUGACAUUGUUAUCCCAGAGAAAUACCAAGACCACUGUUCCCACCGAUAGCCGUGGAACACAGAUUAAGGAUCGAUGUCUGGGACAAACGCAACUUUAAUUAGCAGAGGGAAAGAAAAAAGAAAAACACCUAUUAUGCUAUAUUCUUAGAUAUAAUUUUAGUAGCAGGUAUAUUUGAUAGCAAUCCCCCGCGCCGGAAGGAUGCAGUGCCCCUAGUGUGACAUUAGUAUCCCGAAAUAUAAUGAGAUAGAGCCAAAUAGGAUCCAAUAUCCAAUUAAAUAGCUAAGGUUGCUUGGUAAUAAGUGAGAAAUCCUAGGAUAUUAGAACAGAGUAAAUUUUAGGAAGAAGUAGGAGCCUCCUCCAUAGUCUCUAUCUAAAUCAAAGAACAGAAAGUGUCUGAAUGCACAGACAUAGAGGCAGGUAGUAUAAAUUAUACACUAAAAAGCUACUUCCAUAACAUAUACCCAAAUUCCAGAGUAAAUGUGUUCUAGAUUGUGAAGUCCAAGUGAGCUAACUGCCUAAAGUGGUUCCCAAAUCAUAGAUAAAUCAAUAAAUGAAAGGUUACAUAGAGAAAACUGUCCUAAUUUAAAAAGAAAAGCGCCAAGACUCGACGCACGUUUCAGCGCUUUGAGGUGCCUUUUUCAAGAGUAUAUCAAUACACCUAAUAAUAUAUUCAAUAACUAUUUCUUUCUGAUGACUGUUUUCAUGCAUAGAGCCUUAUAGAUGGGAGUUUAUAUCUGACAGAAGCUAGAGAGUAACAGCUUGGCUCCCAGGCAGUCAUCUAAUGGUGGGAGAUGAAGAUGGUGAUGGUGCAUCCUGCAUAUAGGAGUGAGAGGAACAUCAUUUUGGCCAAAAGAGGAAAUAAGUUAUGUGGACUAGAAAUACUCUCUCAGUCUGGAAGUAGAAGUAAAAAGUAAAAUGUUUUUUACAAAGAAAGACACUUGCAGGGAGAUAUCGAAUUGUUUGCUAUUUCUCUUAUCAUUCUUAUAGAAUGUAUUUCCAUUUCAGUUUCUAUGGUAAGUUCUGUGACUAUGCUGUUCUUUGCGGUAACUCAAAGGUUUCUCAAGUCUUUCUGGAGGUCUCAAAGGCUUAUCUCUAUGGUAAUUUGAAGUCUCUCAGGCAGGGUGACGCUGUCCAAUGUCUCGGAGAGGAAGGACAACAUGCGACUGGGAAUGAGUUUAGUCACAAAUCCUAAGGAUAACAGCUUUGUGGUAAGGUCACAUCUGAUAACAGUAUGGUCUGUGAUUGACAUGUCUCCUAUCCCCUUGUAGAAGUAAAUAUUGUGUCCUCCUACCAUGUACUAGUCUCUCCUGAAUCAAACUAAAACCUGCAAGUAACCCUGGAACAGACACCAGGCUACUACACAGGCUGACUAAGCUUAUUUAUUUUUAAUAAUGUACUAAAGGCACUUGGUUUGGAUAAGGUAGGGGGUCAACUAUGCCUCCCCCAGUUAUGCCAUAAAAUAUGGAAUACGGUAUAAAUGUUUGAUAGUGUUCCAUGUUGUAAAAAGUUUGAUGCUGACACCUGCACUUGUGCAUAAUCUGCAGUACAAAAGAAAAUUCUCUUCUUCCAAAGAAAAUCUGCUUGCCAUACAGUAUUUACAUGACUGCUUACAGCACCCUCCAUAAUAAAUGCACCAUGUCCCAUUAUUUUAAAGAGUUAUGUUUCCUAUUAUACAGUUGUACAACACAACUCCACACCCCAUUUUCAUCUUCCAUAAUACCUUGCAUGCUUGUUUCAUCCUUUGCUUACAGGCUACAAUGCACUCCAUCUUUCUUUGUUGCACACUUAUUUCGUAGAAAGAGAUGUGAUAUUUCUUAGAACCCCAGAAGCCUUGCCAGAAUUGCAGUGUCUCACAUCUUUCUAUCCUCUUCCUAGAUCCUAGUCCUCUUCUGCAAUCUCAAUGUUUGAGUAACCCAUUAAACCCAUGCAGAAUAACCUACAGUCUCCAUGAAGCAGGCUCGUAUUGCCUAUACCUAUAAAGUCAUAUCGUCUUCUUGCAGAAGCAAAUCAGUAUAAAAAAUGAUGCCCUAUUCUCUGCCUAUAGGCAUCCUCUCCAUACAGCACCUCCUAUCCUCUGUUUACAGAAUCCUCUCCUUAGCAUGCCCCAUCUUCAGGUUACAGUACCUAGCGUAUUACCAAUAUACAGCAUGCCCCAUCUUUAGCUUACAGUACCUAUCAUUUUACCAAUACAGCAUGUCUCAUCCUCAGGUUACAGUACCUAGCAUUUUACCAAUAUACAGCAUGCCCCAUCCUCAGGUUACAGUACCUAGUGUUUUACCAAUACAGCAUGUCUCAUCCUCAGGUUACAGUACCUAGAAUUUUACCAAUACAGCAUGCCCCAUCUUUAGCUUACAGUACCUAGCGUAUUACCAAUAUACAGCAUGCCCCAUCUUUAGCUUACAGUACCUAGUGUUUUAUCAAUACAGCAUGUCUCAUCCUCAGGUUACAGUACCUAGAAUUUUACCAAUACAGCAUGCCCCAUCCUUAGGUUACAGUACCUAGCGUUUUACCAAUACAGCAUGCCCCAUCUUUAGCUUACAGUACCUAGUGUUUUACCAAUACAGCAUGUCUCAUCCUCAGGUUACAGUAAAUGCCGUUUUACCAAUACAGCAAAUAGAAAAAUACUUAAAUUUACUUGUACCUUCUGCAUCCCAAGAGUGACAUUAUUAUACACAUUGUCAUUAAUAUAUAAUAUGAUGAUAUAAUAAUGCUAUUGCAUUGAGUCUUUUGAAUCCAGCAUCAUAUCUGUGUUACUGUAGUGACUAUCAGGGUUUAAAAUAGACAGCAACAUUUUAAAUGUAUCUAAGCAUAUCCUCUCCUCAUGGUAUAACCAUUAUGUGCUCAUUGUACAGUACUUCCUACCAUCCCCCCUUUAGCCAGUCUGGUGUGCUCCUGUAGUACUCUCAGUUCUGGCAUGUAAAAUGUAUCUUCUCCAUUCUAUUGUUUGCCUGGUUAUUUUUCAAUAUGUUAUGUUACCCUGUAUCCCCCAUCUCUCUUUCAGCAUGUUCUCCUUCUCUGUCCCUAGGCUUGCAGCCCUCUUUGGUCCCAUGAAUGUGGAAGUUCUUAUUACACCACAGGAAUGUGCUCCCGAGUCAACUCCAACUUCCGUUUCUCUAGAAUAGUGGCCCCUGCUCUACAGAGUAAGUAUAGUGAUCUACCUGCUUCACUUAGAAACAUGAGGCAGAUCAUUCAUAUAUUAAAACUGGAAUAUUGGCUUAUUGAAGAAUUAGAGUGAAAGCAUUUAGAGAAGUCAGAUAAUACACAAGUUUAUUAAAGGGGAACAUCACUUUUCUGGAAUUUACACAUUGACUAAAACAAUGAAAAUCACCUAUAAUCUUUUUUUUCCAUAAUAUGCUCUGUUUUUGUUUAAAUUUACAUUAGAGGACCACUAUAGGCACCCAGACCACUUCAGCUUAAUGAAGUGGUCUGGGUGCCAGGUCCAUCUAGUGUUAACCCUGCCUGCUGUAAACAUAGCAGUUUCAGAGAAACUGCUAUGUUUACCUAUGUGUUAAUCCAGCCUCUAGUGGCUGUCUCAUUGACAGACGCUAGAGGCGCUUCGGCACUUCUCACUGUAAUUUUCAGUGUGAAGACGCCAGCAUCCAUAGGAAAGCAUUGAGAAUGCUUUCCUAUGGACUGACUGAAUGCGCGUGCGGCUCUUGCCGCACAUGCGCAUUCAGCUGGUGACGGAAGAAGAGGGAGGAGAGUCCCCAGCACCGAGGGAGCCCGGCACUGGAGGAAGGUAAGUGAUUUAACCCCCUUGCUCCACCUUCAGCGCCACGGGAGUGGGACCCUGAGGGUGGGGGCACCCUCAGGGCACUAUAGUGCCAGGAAAAAGAGUAUGUUUUCCUGGCACUUUAGUGGUGCUUUAAGAUGCUAAAACCAGCUUGAGAUCUGAGCGGGGACCGACCGAAGGGAAGCAGUUCUCCUUUCUAAGUACUCUCUUGUACCCUUUCAGUACUAUUGCCGUGCAAUAUUUUACCAAUUACUUUUACGCUACGCAUACCGAGCCCCAGAUUCCAUCACUUAUUAUUUCUAGAAGAACAACAUAUUCUAGCUCGGCAGAUUCUGCCCUUGUACAAUGACCUGAUCAUACAAAAAUGUGUCUUAAUGACUAUUUAAGUGUUUUUUGUUUUUUUAAAGUACCGUAUUUUGAAGUACUGGCAAAUUCUAACAAGUGUUACACAAAACUGCUUACUCUAUUCAGUUUUAUUCUUUGCUCUAUGAUGAUAUUAUUCGUUUCAGGGUGUCCAACUUUCAUGGAUAUCGUGAUUGUGUUGGAUGGGUCCAACAGUAUCUACCCCUGGGUGGAAGUACAGGGUUUCCUCAUUAGUAUUCUACAGAAAUUCUACAUUGCACCUGGGCAAAUACAGGUAAUCCAAAAGCUCUUACUUCAGCUUCCUAGCCACAUGUGUAGAUGCUGCAGUGAUCCGCAGAGUCCCUUUUCAUUUCCUGACAGGUCGGAGUACUUCAGUAUGGAGAAGACGUGGUACAUGAGUUUCAUCUGAACGACUUUCGCUCUGUGACUGAAGUGGUAGAGGCUGCGAAAAGCAUUGAGCAAAGAGGAGGGACAGAGACACGCACAGCUCUGGGAAUUGAAAAAGCAUGGUAAGGAACUGAAACACUGGAACAUUACUGUAAUAUGAUAAAGAUUACAUGUGCAUAUGUACAAAUCAUACGUGCUGCUACGAAGGCUUGGUGAUCUUUAUUCUUAUAAUAGGUGGCUGCGGUAGAGUUGUAGCAUCCCAGUAUCAAUGUUAUACUGUGUUUGGGUUUCUACAUACAGCGUGACACUAUCAGUGUGUUCUAAUGUAUUUAGGUAUAUACCAACUGCAUGCUUAUAAUAGUGCGUUAUAAUGGACUUGGGAAUAUACAAAGUGCAAGUCACUAUCAGUGCGUUAUAAUGGAUUUGGGUAUAUACAAAGUGCAUGCCACUCUCAGUAAGUCAUAAUUAGACAUGUGAAAUUCGUUUCGUUCUGAAUGUACAUUCGGACAAAUUUCAUGCAAUUCUGACAUUCUGAUGCUUACGAAUGUCCGAAGUUCGGAAGUGCCAAAGUGCUUCGGAUUUUGGAAAAGUCUCAAAACAAGAGAGAAGGAGGGAAAAUUCCGUGCAUGAUGACAGAAAUCUUGACCAAUAAGCUAAUUCCUAGCACUGGGAGCUCUAUAAAUGUGUAAGUGGUUGUGGUGGCAGUCCAGGCACUGGGAGGCUUGAGCUCUAUAGAUGUGUAAGUGGUUGUGGUGGCAGUUCGGGAACUUGGAGCCCUAUAGAUUUGUAAGUGGUUGUGGUGGCAGUCUGGGAACUGGGAGCCCUAUAGAUGUGUAAGUGGUUGUGGUGGCAGUCCUGGCACUGGGAGGCGGGUGCCCUAUAGAUGUGUAAGUGGUUGUGGUAGCAGUCUAAGCACUAGGAGCCCUCUGCCCAUAUGCCCACCUCCCAGUGCCAGGAUUGCUACCACAACCACUUGCACAUCUAUAGGGGUCCCGCCUCCCAGUGCCAGGACUGCCACCACAAUCACUUACACAUCUAAGGGGACCCGCCUCCCAGUGCCAGGACUGCCACCGCAACCACUUACACAUUUAUAGGGCUCCCGCCUCCCGGUGCCAGGAGAGUGCUCCUAAUCUCAGGUCGUUACCUGUAUAAAAGGCACUUGGGAGCCAAAAAUCUUGCUGAUUGAUAGGGGAUCAAAUACUUAUUUCACUGAUUGACAUGCAGAUUAAUUUAUAACUUUUUUGACAUUCGUUUUUCUGGAUUUUUUUUUUUGUUAUUCUGUCUCUCACUGUUAAAAUACACCUACCAUUAAAAUUAUAGACUGAUCAUUUCUUUGUCAGUGGACAAACGUUAAAAAUCAACAGGGCAUUAAAUAAAUUUUUCCCUCUCUGUAUAUACAUACAGUGAGCCAAUGUCAGUGUGUUAUAAUGUAUUUGGGUAUAUACACACUGCAUGCCAGUAACAGUGUGUUAUAAUGUAUUUGGGUAUAUACACACUGCAUGCCAGUAACAGUGUGUUAUAAUGUAUUUGGGUAUAUACACACUGCAUGCCAGUAACAGUGCGUUAUAAUGUAUUUGAGUAUAUACACACUGCAUGCCAGUAACAGUGCGUUAUAAUGUAUUUGGGUAUAUACACACUGCAUGCCAGUAACAGUGAGUUAUAAUGUAUUUGAGUAUAUACACACUGCAUGCCAGUAACCGUGUGAUAAUGUAUUUGAGUAUAUACACACUGCAUGCCACUCUCGGUAUGUUAUAAUACAGUGUGCCAGUUUUAGCAUGGUAUAACGUCUACAUGGCUCGCUGUUUAUAGCAUGCAAGUUUCUGUGUAUAAUAAUUUUUUGGUCUCUUGCAGUACCGAGGCUUUUCAGCAUGGUGGAAGGAAGGGAGCCAAAAAAGUGAUGAUCGUUAUUACAGAUGGAGAGUCACAUGAUAAUCAAGAUUUGGAGAGGGUGAUAGAGUGCAGCGAAAAGGACAACAUAACACGCUAUGCAGUAGCAGUGAGUUAUAAACUGACCUCUGUUUUCAUGCAUGUCCGUCCAGCAAGAAAUACUUUAACCACUGCCAAGGCUAUUUUACUGGUGAUGCUUGCCAGUAGUUAACCCCAAUGCAGCUUCUAAAAUGACAGCAGACAUUGUGGGAGAAUAUUAGAACCUGUAGGCUAUCAGACAACACCAAUCUUAUAUAGCCUGCGGUGAUGCAGGACUCAUUGGAGAAAUGUUCCAUAGCAGCUUGCUAUUCACAAUUAAUGUGACUUGCUUGAACUUACCUGAACAGUAAUUGCAAUGUGAACAUACUGCAUACAGAUAUCUAUAUACAAUUAUUUCUAGAACGCCAACAUAUUCUGCGGUGCUGUGCAAUAAGUAAACAGGACAAACAUUUAAUUCUAAUACAACAUGUGUGCUAUACAGGAAUAGUAGGUGAUUGUAGUCUACUCGCAGGUCCAGGGGGGAGUACCCCUUGCAUGGGGACCUGCAUAUAAGGCCAGUUGUGGCUGCCAUUAACCCCUUCCAAACUUCUGGAAUAAAAGGGAAUUAUGACAUGUCACACAUGUCAUGUGUCCUUAAGGGGUUAAACAGAUUCGUUUUACCCUUCAUGAAGUCUAGGCUCAUGUUUGGGGGCUUGGAGAGCUAUAUUCACUCUGGGGCUUUCUAUAAUCACUAUGCUCCCUUGGAUUACAAUGAUUGCUCUUGUAAGAGCAGCCUGUUUUGCUCUCUAGACUAGGAGAGGUCUACCCACUGGAAGCUGGAUCCUGGUCUUGGGUCCAGGGUGGGUGGAGGACAGCGAGACCCCAACCAAGCUGGGGUUAAUGGUGGUUAUGGUGUCCGGUGCUGUGCAUAUGGUACUCAAGGAUUAUUAGGAAGCAGCAAUUGCCGGAGGUACCCGGUUGGGUUGCAAGGUGGUCCAUCACAGUGGGGGUCUGGCAACUCAUGGCCUGGGGCAAGAAGAAACCUAUUGCCUUUUUUGCACAUAGAUUUCAGACCUCACUAUGGAUGUCCCUACAUAUGUGGAGCAUGCAAUAUAUAGUGAUAUGAUAGAUUUUAGGGAUGUGCAUGGGGAAAAAAUUAGGUUCGGUUCAGUUCGGAAAUUCGGGUAAGUAAAAAAGAUUCAGCAAUUCGGUUUGGUUCAGCACUUCCGAAAUUCGGAAAUUAGCCCAUACACAAGCCUACACAGUGUUGGGCUAGCAUAAACCUUGCACAAUUCCUGCCUGUCACUUCACUACUGCAAAACUGUACAAACAGGCGUUCUUAUACACCUCUCUCUCCGUUUAAAUUUUCAGAAGAAUUUUCAGUUCUCCCAUGGCUAUAUGGGCUACAGUAAAUCCAUGAUUCAUCUGAAACCACUGCCUUCUUUACUCGUGAUACAUAUUGUAGCUCAGUACUUUAUCUUUUGUACUCUCAGGUUCUGGGCUACUACAAUAGACGAGGUAUUAACCCUGAAGCAUUCCUGAAUGAAAUAAAAUUCAUUGCCAGUGACCCUGAUGAAAAGCACUUCUUCAAUGUAACCGAUGAGGCUGCCUUGAAAGACAUAGUGGAUGCACUUGGGGAAAGAAUAUUCAGUUUGGAAGGAGGUAUUUAUAUAUAUAUAUAUAUAUAUUUCAUUUUUUUAAUUCUUUAUUUUUGCAAUGGCAGAUCGCAUGGUAAAUUAACAUUGUUAGGCUUGUGCAAAAGCCAUAUCAUAGUACAUAUAUCGACAAUGUAUUACAGAAAAAAUGAGGUAUAUUUUUAGUUCAAUGCUCUAGUGGGUUUUUUCUAGCAACAUUUUAAAACAUUUUAAUUGGUAAUAAUUGUGCCUUUAAACACCUUAACAUUGUUAUUCAUUCUAUGGACAACAAUACAUUUGCAUAUCUCUAUCAUUUAUCUUUUUAUCGUUCCAUUAUGAUCUUUCUUUCCCUGUUUAGAUCUCCCCCUUGUUGUCAUUAUGUUGUAGAGAAUAAGUAAAAUAAAAUUUCCAUCACGUAUUAACAGUUUAAAAAAUCUAUUUCAAGCCAGUGUUUAUUAAUAUAUAUACAAUAUUGUAAAUAUUUUAUUAUAUCUUUUAAUGAGACAACACUGAAGAAAUGGCACUCUGCAACAAUGUAAAGUUUACAGCCUAUAUAACAGUGUAAUUUUUAUUUUAUUUUUUUAACCUGUACAGACAUUUUCAGAAAAUUUGGUAUUCAUUUAUUUUUUUCUUAAACCCUCUAUGCUACUAGCAUAACUGGGACAUAUCUUAAAGGGACACUAUAGUCACCAGAACAACUUAUUGUAUACUUAUUGAGUAUAAUCAUUCCCUUCAGCCUUUUGCUGUAAACACCAGCCUUUUGCUGUAAACACUGUCAUUUCAGAGAAAAUGCAGUGUUUCGAUUACAGCCUAGGGAUACCUCCACUGGCCACUCCUCAGAUGGCUACUAGAGAUGCUUCCUGAGACAGCAUCACUGCCAUUCGGUGUCUCCACCCUCUGCUUUUGGAGACACUAAACUUUCCCUAUUCAUUGAUUCAACACAUCUAUAUGAGGAGAUACUAAUUAGCCAGGACUAUGUUUGACCUGUGUUGGCUCUUCCCCUGAUCUGCCUCCUUGACAGUCUCAGCCAAUCCUAUGGGAAAGCAUUGUGAUUGGCUCGGAGAUUCACAUCUGAUGAUGUCAGCCAAGCAGGCAGAUCAUGGGCAGAGCCAGCAGACACAGACUUGAACAAAAUUAAGAUUUUACUAAUUGUAGGGUGGCAAAGGAGAGCCACAGGGCCUAGAUGGUGGUUUUUAGCACUAUAGGGUCAGGAAUAAAUGUUUGUGUUACUGACCCUAUAGUGUCCCUUUGAUAAGUCCAAACAUACCUUAAUUCCUUGCACAAAAUCCACAAUCCCAACACAGCCUGGGCCAAGGUUGUCCAAGGCCCUAAGCAAGAUGCCAGAUUGUGGCACCAUACUAAAGCCAUGGGCUUUUUUUCUGUGAGUGUGUGUGUGUGUGUGUGUGUGUGGUCACUGAGUGUUGUAUGUGUGUGGGAGAGUUGUAUGUUGGGGUGCUGAGUGUGACUGUGUAUGCUGGUUGAGUGUUGUGUGUGUGAUGCAUUGUUUGUGGAGGAGUGUUGUGUUCAUAUAGAUGAGUUUGAGUGUGGCUGGGUAUUGUGCGUAGUUUCUGAGUGUGAGUAAAUGUUUUUUUUUGCUCUCCUGUUGCUUGCCUUUUGGUAAGAGGGGAUAGUAUCAGUUUUCAUUCAGUUGAGGGCAUUCUGGGCUGGAUGGCUGUUGGUCCAUUGCAUCUCAGGCUGGCAAUAGACAUAGUGAACGUCUAG